UAUGCGUCUCUGCGGUUGUUGAUUUUGUUGCAUUGAUGAAGAUGGGACAGGCCGCAACUUUACCCUGCAGAAAAGGCGGUACCUAUGUCACAGAGCUUUAUGAAUGGUUCAGGAAGUUCCUGAAUGAAUGUCCCAGCGGUUUGAUCACCCUUCACGAGUUCAGACGACACUUCUGCAACGGAACCGUGGGAAAAGAGUCGGCGGAGUACGCGGAGCAGAUAUUCCGCACGCUGGAUAACAAUGGGGAUGGAGUUGUGGACUUCAGAGAAUAUGUGACAGCCAUCAGCAUGUUGAUUGAGGGCACGACAGUGGAGAAGCUGCGCUGGUCCUUCAAGCUGUAUGACAAAGACAAAGACGGAGCCAUCACACGCUCGGAGAUGCUGGAAAUCAUGCAGGCCGUGUAUAAGAUGAGCGUUGCGGCAUCUCUCACCAAACCUGAUCCACUGACCGCUGAAGAAUGCACCAAUAGGAUAUUUGUACGGCUGGACAAAGAUAACAACGCCAUUAUCAGUCAGGAGGAGUUCAUUGAAGGCGCGCUGAAUGACGAAUGGAUCAGAGAGAUGUUGGAGUGUGAUCCAAACACAGUGAAGAUGGAGAGGCCUCUCAAAGGCAGUGCAGUGCUGUGAAGCUGUGGAGGAGAUCAUGACUGUUACAGUAUUUAUCGUGACGGGGCCUUAAAUAUGAUAAGUUCAUGAAUUUAUCAGGAUGAAUAUUUUAAAUAAAAGCAAUAGUUAUCCACAAAAUGAAUAUUUGCUGAAAUUACACUUGAACACACUUCAGAUCAUUAGUUAUUUAUUUACUAUUUAUUUUAUUUUAAUUAUGUAUCUUGUUAUGUGAAUUUACAAAGUAAAUCUAAACAGCUGCUGUAAAUAAUUAGGAUAUUUUCAGAAUCGUAUGUCAAUAUUGUACUGCCAAACAUAAAAACUUCUACUGAGAAAUCAGUUAUUGAUUAAAUAUUAGUCUCAGUCUCGCCACUUUAAGUUGUUAUGUAUAAUCAAAGGACAAAAAAAACAAAACUGUAAUAUUUUAAAUUUGAUUAGCCUAUUGGGUUCAAAAUACCAAAAUAAUGAAUCAGAUUCUUGUGCCAUCUUAUAACUUUAAUUUGAAGUAUUAAAAUUAUUUUACACAAGCUACAAUUUACAUAAUAAAUUUGACAUAUUAUGUAAAGAAA